GACAAGGACCCGUGGCCAGAGGGGACGACUGCAGCAGAAUACCAGUCAGGUAGACCUCCUCUUCCUCUGUGAGAGGGGGUGGGUGUCACUGGUAUAAAAGCAGCACAUGCUCCCUCUACAAUCUUCAGCCUCCUCCUCAGACCUCGUCCUUUGACUUUGAGCUCUCAGUAGUAUCACCAGAUCGCAGACGAAGAUGACUUUCUACGACGACAUUUACCCGUUCUACCCUCUACAAAGGAUCUCUUUCAUCUUCAGCGGCCGUUUGCUCACCGUCAUUCUGGUCUUCCUGGUGCUCGCCGCCAGUCUCCUCCUCAUCCUGCCAGGAAUACGAGGGAAGUCGCGGCUGUUCUGGAUGUUCAGGAUCGUCACCAGCUUGUUCAUAGGUGUGGUCGUAGUCGCUCUCAACUUCACCAGCAGCUGGGCUGAGGCCAGCAUGACCACAAACGCCACGUACAAGUCUUUCAGCAAGGCGGUGAUUAAUGCUGAUGUCGGUCUGCAUGUGGGGCUUUACGGCAUCAACGUGACGUUGAGAGGGAAUCCAGUUGUGCAGUUCAACGAGACCAUUAACUACAACGAGAUGUUCAGCUGGCACGACAUGGCUGAAGAGGAGUACAAGGAGGCUCUGGAGAAAGGUUUACCCAACCCCAUCCUGUACAUCGUUGAAAAGUUCACCCCGAGCAGUCCGUGUGGUCUCAUCUUCCAGUACAGAUACUCUGGACGAUACGCCUCUGCAGCUCUCUGGACAGCAUUUUGUUGCUGGGUGCUCGCCAACAUCCUCUUCUCCAUGCCGGUCAUCCUGUACGCGGGGUACAUGAUGAUGGUGACGGCCGCCUUCAUCUUCGUCUCCAUGGCGUCCUUCUCCACCAUCAUGAAUGUGCCUCAGUGUGUCUUCUCCAUAGGAACCAACUCCUUUGUGACUGAAUACAGCCAUUCCUUCUGGCUGGCUCUUGGGACAGGCGUUCUGUGCAUCAUCAUCGGGACGGCGGUGGUGACGUUAAACUCCCUGAUGCCACAGAAGAUGAAGGCAGCGUUCAGCGUGGGCGUCGAUGGCUGUGAAGAAGACGAGGCCUCCUCUGGAGACGGAUUCCUCAACUCAGUGUUCCUGGAGGGAGCCACCAUUUUACCGCUGACAUCAAAAGUUAAAGCAGAACACACAUGAAGCAGCCGGGAUUUGGCUCAAGGAGCUUUCGCAGGUCGUCCUUGAAGAUUAUUCACUGUAAACAUGUACAUAUGUGUUUGACUCUGUAAAGUUUAUUAUUAAGGUGGAGUAGUUGUAAAAAUAUGUAUUUGUAUGGGAUCCAUACAAGGCGUGUACUCAUUACCGCAGGUUUGUCUGUUCACCUCCGUCUGGGAUGAAAUAUGAAGGAUGCUGUUAUAUAUUUUUGUUUAUAUAUAAGUGAAUUUAUGUUGGGAAUGAGUUUAAA